UCGCAUCCUGGAUAGACUCAGCCGCAGCCGGACACACGGCCCCAAUCCCCCCGCACCAUGAGCUUCGGUUCCGAGCACUACCUGUGCUCCUCCUCCUCCUACCGCAAGGUGUUCGGGGAUGGCUCUCGCCUGUCUGCGCGCCUCUCCGGGGCCGGUGGCCCGGGCAGCUUCCGUUCACAGUCGCUGUCCCGUUGCAACGUGGCCUCCUCAGGCGCCUGCUCCGGGGCCUCGUCGCUCGGUCUAGGUCUGGCCUACCGCCGGCUCCCGGCGUCCGAGGGGCUGGACCUGAGCCAGGCAGCGGCGCGCACCAACGAGUACAAGAUCAUCCGCACGAAUGAGAAGGAGCAGCUGCAGGGCCUCAACGACCGCUUCGCUGUGUUCAUCGAGAAGGUGCACCAGCUGGAGACGCAGAACCGUGCGCUGGAGGCCGAGCUGGCCGCGCUGCGCCAGCGCCACGCCGAGCCCUCGCGCGUCGGCGAGCUCUUCCAGCGCGAGCUGCGCGAGCUGCGCGCGCAGCUGGAGGAGGCGAGCUCGGCCCGCGCACAGGCGGUCCUGGAGCGCGACGGGCUGGCCGAGGAGGUGCAGCGGCUGCGGGCGCGCUGCGAAGAGGAGAGCCGCGGGCGCGAGGGCGCCGAGCGCGCCCUGAAGGCGCAGCAGCGCGACGUGGACGGCGCCACGCUGGCCCGCCUGGAUCUGGAGAAGAAGGUGGAGUCGCUGCUGGACGAGCUGGCCUUCGUGCGCCAGGUGCACGACGAGGAGGUUGCCGAGCUGUUGGCCACGCUGCAGGCGUCGUCGCAGGCCGCGGCCGAGGUGGACGUGGCUGUGGCUAAACCCGACCUGACUUCGGCUCUGAGAGAGAUCCGCGCCCAGUAUGAGUCUCUGGCCGCCAAGAACCUGCAGUCGGCGGAAGAAUGGUACAAGUCCAAGUUCGCCAACCUGAACGAGCAAGCGGCACGCAGCACCGAGGCCAUCCGUGCCAGCCGCGAGGAGAUCCACGAGUACCGGCGCCAGCUGCAGGCGCGCACCAUCGAGAUCGAGGGCCUGCGCGGGGCCAAUGAGUCCUUGGAGAGGCAGAUUCUGGAGCUGGAGGAGCGGCACUGUGCCGAGGUGGCCGGCUACCAGGAUAGCAUUGGUCAGCUGGAGAAUGAUCUGAGGAACACCAAGAGUGAAAUGGCACGCCACCUUCGGGAAUACCAGGACUUGCUCAAUGUCAAAAUGGCCCUAGACAUUGAGAUAGCAGCUUACAGGAAGCUGCUGGAAGGCGAGGAGACACGAUUUAGCACCAGUGGAUUAAGCAUUUCCGGGCUGAAUCCACUCCCCAAUCCAAGCUACCUGCUCUCUUCUAGAGUCCUCAGUUCUACAAGCUCCAAAGUCUCAUCUGCUGGGCUGUCCCUUAAGAAGGAGGAAGAGGAGGAGGAGGCUUCUAAGGUAGCCUCUAAGAAAACCUCUCAGAUAGGGGAAACUUUUGAAGAAAUAUUGGAGGAAACAGUAAUAUCUACUAAGAAAACUGAGAAGUCAGAUAUAGAAGAGAGCACCAUUUCAAGCCAAAAAAUAUAA